AGAGUGGAUUAAAUUAUUUAGAAAAAGUUGUGAAGAGAUACUUUCCCUUCAUUCAUUCCAUAUCGACAGGAACAAAAGAUAGAAUAGAACUAUGUCUAUUCCAGUGAUUGAUAUGGGAAAAAUUUGUGAGCAAGAGGAAUGCAAAAAACUAAGAGAAGCAUGUGAAAGGUGGGGUUGUUUCAGGAUCAUUAACCACUCCAUUCCUGCAACCCUCAUGGGUGAGAUGAAGAAGGUGAUUGGAGCUCUUCUUGAUCUUCCUAUGGAGCUCAAGAAUCGCAACACAGAAGCCAUUGCUGGCAGUGGUUACAUGGCGCCAAGCGCAGUCAACCCAUUCUAUGAGGCCUUGGGACUCUAUGACUUUGCUUCCCCACAAGCUAUGCAUAAUUUUUGCUCUCAACUUGAUGCAUCACCCCACCAGAGGCAAAUAAUGGAGGCAUAUGGGCGAGCGAUUCAUGGUUUGGCAGUAAACCUAGGACAAAAAAUGGCGGAAUCACUAGGCGUUGUAGUUGCUGAUUUCGAGGACUGGCCAUGCCAGUUUAGAAUUAACAAAUAUAACUUCACCCCAGAAGCAGUGGGGUCCACUGGAGUUCAAAUUCACACCGAUUCAGGAUUCUUAACCAUUCUUCAAGAUGAUGAAAAUGUUGGUGGUCUUGAAGUCUUCAAUACUUCUGGCUCAUUUGUGCCAAUUCCUCCUUCCCCAGGAACCCUCCUUGUAAAUCUCGGAGACAUUGCUCGUGUGUGGAGCAAUGGAAGAUUUUGCAAUUUGAUACACCGUGUGCAAUGCAAGGAAGCGACCAAACGUCUUUCAAUUGCUACAUUUAUGUUAGCACCCAGGAAUAGGAAUGUUGAGGCCCCAGAGGAAUUGGUGGACCAUCAUCACCCACGUCUUUAUCAACCUUUUAUUUAUGAAGAUUAUAGGAAGCUCAGAAUUAGCAAGAAGAUGGCCACUGGUGAAGCCCUUGAGUUAUUCCGCUUGGCCUAGUCAUAGCACCUUGGAUUCAAUUAGGAACACACCACAAGGUUUAUGAAUGGAAAUGAACUUAUAUGUAUUCCUAUUGAAUGAAGUUGAAACAAAAAGCCUAAUUUCAUCAUAGUAGAGCAACAGGUCCAUGGUGUUUGUCUCUGGAUUUUGAUUCUUGAAUUGUGGAACUUGACCAUGAAACUUUAUAAGACACCUAUUACGUCUCAAUAAUAAUUUCCGUUAGCAAUAAUAAUUUUUGUUACGUUUC